GAUAAGAGAAUAAAAAUGUGGCGAGAAAUUAUUUUGUGCUGUUUGAUAGCUGCGAUUGUCGGGGGAAAUAUAAUAAAAAUGAAUGGUUCAAGGGAAGAAGGUUCUUCAGAACGUCUCAAACGCGACGCGAGGGAAUUGGUUGAAAUGUGUUUAACGAAUAAUUCGAACCCACUAGUGAUCUCCAAGGACCUGCUUCCCAACGAUUAUAACUCUGCUGAGGCUUUCAAUUCGUGGAUCAUAAUCGAUCACAAAUUCAACAAACAGAUCACAGGUUUCUUCCCCGCUUAUCCGACUUACGUUCUUCCAUUCGUCUCGAUCGACAAUCUUAAACCGGUGAUCGACAAUCUCCAAAAAUCCAAAUUCUGGAACAUCAAAUCACCGUUUGUGAUCGUUGGGACCGAGUCGCGUUGCCUCAGCGCCUGGAGAAUUUUGAAAUUCAUGUGGGACCGAGAUUUGUUGUCUGUUUAUUACUUGUGCAACAAGAAAAAUUCGACGGCCAUCUUCACACUGAAUCCUUAUGCAAGCUAUGCACCGGCCCCGUGGAAGCUUGUUGACAAAUUCAGCGACAACAAAAAAAAGAUUAGCCUCUUUAGGCUCCAAUUCACAAAAGGGCCAGAGAUUUGUAAAAUCAUCACCUUUGACAAGACAGAUCACUUGGAAGAUGCAGAGAUAAAAUUUUUAAAAUCGAGAGACAGUUUGGACAUAAGUCACCCGAGAAAAAAGAAGCAAACAAGAAUCAAGAAAUCGAAUGGAAUAACUAUAUUCGAAGUACCAACUUUGAUAAAUGCUACGUCGAAAAUAAAGUUUAUUCCUCCUCCAAAUUACUUUGACUUGUUGGAGCAAGGUUACAUUGAACAAUUAGCCGACAAUUCAUGUGACAUCUAUGCUCCAAUAAUGCCAAUAGAAGCCACUGACUACAACCACGUCGACGUCAUUGCUUACUAUCAUGAGAAAUCGUUUUCAAUCGCAACCAAGAAAACAAAUUUCUUGACAGUGAUCAGCGAUCUGACCCAGAAUGUUCGGUUUGUGGUUGGAACAAUAGUUCUGUUCGUUCUGUUCACUAUACUGAUGUUCAUGAUCAACAGAGAUGACCUCAAGCUAGCUGUGCUGGACAUGGUAAGGCUGGUCGUCAGUAUGGGACUUAAAACUCCACUUAGCCGUCUGGUGAUGAAGUUCGUCCUCUUCUUUGGGUUCCUGUUUGCGUUUCUGAUUGUUCCUGACUUUCAAGGUAACCUUUCAGCCAUCUUGUCGGAUCCUUUGAGGCGAAACAUCGAGACGCUUAAGGAUCUUUAUGAGAACAAGUACGAUGUAUACUAUUAUUACGGAUUGGAGAACGACAUUAUCAAUGAGCAGCUUUGGAUCACUGAAGAAGACCAAAAAUAUCUUAAACCGAUAACGUUAGGCGGGAUGAAUGACUGCGUUGAAUUUCUUAUUGACAACCCGAAGAUGGCCUGUAUUUUUGGCACAAACUCGUUUCUGGCGGCGGCUUAUAAUGAGCCAGAAUUGCAUGUGUCCAAAGAACCUGUUUUCAAAAAGCAAUUAGUCCAUUGGGUAAGAAAAAACUGGCCCUUGAAAGAUAAGUUUGAUAAAAUGAUGAUCAAGACUCGAAAACCUGGAUUUGAUUCCGUGAUUGUUAAUAAAAGAUUUUUUGACGGAUUCUUUAAGAAAAAAUUGACUCUAAAGAAGAGAAGUGAAGAGAGUGAAGAUUAUGAACAGUUUGACUUUGAUAAUUUGAUAUUCAAUUAUUAUUUUAUCGGGUUUUAUACCGUCUUUGCUUUCAUGGUUGUGGUGCUUGAAAUUAUACUUUCUCGAUGUUUUAGAAGUUAUAGACAAUUAUAA